CAACCCUAAAUAUUUUCCGCAUGCACCAAAAACCCAAAUAAUGCAAGAAGCGACAUUAUAAUUGCUAACCUGUCUUAAUUUGGAUAGCCCUUGCAACAUUGCCAGCACCUGGGACGUGACACUCCAAAGAGGCCACUCUGCGUCCGGAGAUUGCCAGAAUAGUGCGUUUGCCUUGAGGUCGAGAGUUGCCAAUUUGUUGACGGCCAAGUGCAAAAAUCGUGAAAAAAACAUCAUCUCUGGUCGCUGCUGUUCUUCCAAAACAACAAAGCCAACCCGGUGCAGGAAAAGGAGUCGCUGCAGCAGGAGUAGAGGCGGAGAGGCGAUAAGACCGGCCGGAGGCGCACGCAAUCAACCCUGCGGCCAGCUGGGGCCCGAGCUAUGAGCGCGGCCAAGAAGUACAAGCCCAUGGACACAACUGAGCCGAACGAGAACACCGAGAACAUCGCCGCCUGCCUGAAGAAGGCCGAGAACGCCGCCGCCGCUGCAGCUGCCGCCGCCUCGAGCCUUGGCCGUAGCGCCUUUGCCGCCCAAAACAUGAACUCCGCCUCGACCAAUGGCGAACGCCUGCCAAACUUCUCCAAGCUAGGCGGCGGCCACCAUGGCGAGAUUCGCGCGGCCUCAACUACCUCAAACCUCCUCAACCGGAUGGGGGCCAUUCACAACAGCAAGCCGGGCGAUGUGAAGAAAAUAGUGAUAAAGAACUUUAAGGCUAAGCCCACACUGCCAGAUAACUAUUCAGAGGACACGUACGUGAAGCUCGAGGAGGCUGUUAUUGCCAUUCAGCUCUCGAAACCCAUUAAAUAUUCGCUGGAGGAACUCUACCAGGCCGUGGUGAACAUGUGCAGCCAUAAGAUGGACGCGCAGCUGUAUACGAAACUCAAGGAACUGACUGAGCAGCACGUGAAGCGCAAUAUAAAGCUCAAGGAGCUGACCGGUGGCAGCAUGGACAAACUGGUCCUGCUGGAGAAGAUCAACCACUGGUGGCUGUCGUUCUGCCAGCAGAUGAUCAUGAUUCGCAGCAUAUUCCUGUACAUGGACCGGACCUAUGUGCUGCAGAACUCGUCGAUUCACUCGAUUUGGGACAUGGGGCUGGACCUCUUUCGCAUCCACUUUGCCCAGAACAGCGUCGUCCAGAAGCGGACCGUGGACGGUCUGCUAACGCUGAUCGAGAAGGAGCGCCAGGGCUCCACAGUGGAUCGCGGCCUGCUGAAAAGUCUGGUCCGCAUGCUGUGCGACCUGCAGAUAUACACCAGCUCGUUCGAGGAGAAGUUCCUCGAUGCCACCAAUCAAUUGUACAAGGCUGAGAGUCAACGCAAGAUGCAGGAGCUGGAGGUGCCCGAGUACUUGCAGCACGUCAACAAGCGUCUGGCGGAGGAGAACGAGCGUUUGCUGCAUUAUCUGGACUCGAGCACAAAGCAUCCUCUGAUUUACAAUGUGGAGAAGGAGCUGCUGGCCGAACACCUGACAUCCAUUUUGCAAAAGGGCCUGGACUCGCUGCUGGAGGACAACAGACUGAGUGACCUAACCCUGUUGUACGGCCUGCUGAGCCGGGUCAAAAAUGGAACUUCAGAGCUUUGCGGCAACUUCAACGGAUUUAUAAAGAAAAAAGGACGCACUAUUGUCAUCGAUCCGGAGAAGGACAAGAGCAUGGUCCAAGACCUGCUGGACUUCAAGGAUAAAAUGGAUGUCAUCGUUCGCAACUGCUUUGAGCACAACGAGAAGUUUACCAACUCGUUGCGCGAGGCCUUCGAGUUCUUUAUCAAUCAGCGUGCCAAUAAGCCGGCCGAGCUCAUUGCUAAAUACGUGGACAUGAAGCUGCGCUCUGGCAACAAGGGCACCACCGACGAGGAGCUGGAGAAGACCUUGGAUAAGAUAAUGGUUCUUUUCCGCUUCAUACACGGCAAGGAUGUGUUUGAGGCGUUUUACAAAAAGGACUUGGCCAAACGAUUGCUGGUGGGCAAGUCGGCCUCGGUGGACUCCGAGAAGAGUAUGCUGUCCAAGCUGAAGCAAGAGUGCGGCGGUGGCUUCACGUCCAAGCUGGAGGGCAUGUUCAAGGACAUGGAAUUGAGCCGGGACAUCAACAUUGCGUUCCGCGGCCAUGCGUUGAGCAAUAACAGGGACGUCCAUAACCUCGACCUGUGCGUGAGCAUAUUAACCAUGGGUUAUUGGCCCACGUAUGCUCCCACAGAGGUCACCAUGCCGCCUCAGUUCAUCAAUCCGCAGCAGAUAUUCAAUAAGUUUUACUUGGAGAAACACAGUGGCCGAAAGCUGCAGUGGCAGCCAACGCUGGGCAACUGCAUGCUGCGGGCGCAGUUUGAUGCGGGUCCCAAAGAGCUGAUGGUCUCGCUGUUUCAAGCGCUGGUCUUGCUGCUGUUCAACGAUAAGCCAGUCCUUAGCUACGAGGAGAUUCUGGCCGCCACCAGUAUCGAGGAUGGAGAGCUGCGCCGCACGCUUCAGUCUCUGGCCUGUGGACGCGCCCGGGUCAUUACGAAAACGCCGAAGGGUCGCGAUAUCGAGAAUGGCGAUCAGUUUGAUUUCAAUAAUGAGUUCACAAACAAGCUGUUCCGCAUCAAGAUCAAUCAGAUUCAGAUGAAGGAGACUAAUGAAGAACAGAAGGCCACAGAAGAGCGCGUUUUCCAGGAUCGACAGUAUCAAAUUGAUGCCGCCAUAGUGCGCAUAAUGAAAAUGCGAAAAACGCUAAGCCACAACCUACUCAUCACCGAGUUGUUUAAUCAGCUCACCUUCCCAGUCAAGCCUGCGGACUUAAAGAAACGCAUCGAGUCGCUCAUCGAUCGCGACUAUAUGGAACGAGACAAGGACAACCAGAACCAAUACAACUAUGUGGCCUAGGUAACACAUCCACUAUUCGAUUCGAUUGUAAUUCGUAUUCACCAUAAAUGCAUACAUACUGAAAGUCGGAUGAAAUGUUCAAGGAGUUCUGGUUGCGUUUCUUCAAUAACUAUGUAGAUCAUUUACCACAAAGCCCUCCCCGCUAUUGGUAGUCUAGUUGCUACAGUUCUCUUUUUGUAAGUUACCUUAUCAACCAAUAAAUUAAGCGUUUUAAUUUCAA